CUGAAACAGAAUGGCCUAAGGAUGAAACGAAAAUUUUAUGGCGAUGCAAAAGAGUAUUGGUCAGAAAUUCCAUCAACUGUGGAUGGCAUGUUGGGAGGCUUUGAAAAGAUUUCACCCACAGAUAUUAACGGAUCCAAGGCUUUUCUCAGGCCGUUCUUAAAGAUUGGAAAAGGUGAUACAAACACACAUAGAGCAUUGGACUGUGGAGCAGGAAUCGGUCGUAUUACAAAAAGGCUUCUUUUGCCCAUGUUUGAAACAGUUGAUAUGGUUGAAUUAAAUAAAAAGUUUUUGGAUUCUGCUCCAUCUUUCAUUGGACAGGAUUCUUCAAGAGUGGGCAAAUAUAUUUGCUCGGGACUGCAAGACUUUACUCCUGAGGCUGGGAGGUAUGACCUAAUUUGGUCUCAGUGGGUAUUAGGCCAUCUUACAGAAGAACAUUUAGUAGGAUUCUUUUCUCGAUGUAAAACUGGUUUAACACCUGAAGGACUUAUUGUUGUUAAAGAAAACGUUUCGGGAUCUGGAGAAACAGAGUUUGACGAUGUUGAUAGUAGUUUUACACGGAGUAAAGAGGACUACACAAGUGCUAUGAUUAAAGCAGGCUUAACAAUUGUAAAAGAAGAAAGACAGAAAGGUUUUCCGAAAGGAUUAUAUUCAGUAUUUAUGUUCGCUCUUAAAUAAUGUUUACUGUAUCUAUGAUUUUAAUAUUGAUGUGUGUUUUAAUACCUACUUGAUGAUUAUAAUCAAACUUUCCCUUGAUACUAAUAUAUCUGUAAUAUGUGAUAGAAACUCUAAUCCUGCUGAAUGUUACAAAUGGAUUUGCCAUGUUUCCAUUUCUGGAACUCAGGCCAUUAUCUUUAGGGUUACCAAAGUAAAAAUUUGCACCGGAAAACCAACAGUAUACAACCUAGCCACUGGCCAGACAGCACUUUAUACUGUCACUGAUGUUUCUUGUUUACUUUUGGGGCAUCUAUAGACUGUUCACAUUAGAUUCAUGCAUUUUAAGGGUUAAAAUCAGUUGAACAAGGUACACGUGUAUUGUAAUGUAUGACCUGAGAAUUUAAAGCAUUUCUAAAGUAUAAUGAGUGAAGGUUAGAUAUAUAUGAAAAUGUUUCUUAUACAUUUGCGUUUGUCUGAUACAAACCAUUGUUACUGAAUAAAACAUGUAUUUUUUUGGUACCUAAAAAUAUGCAUAGAAAUUAAAGAUUUCUCA